AGACCCACGUAGUCAAAAGCGACGUCAACAGGAAAUGUAAACAAAGUGAUCAUUUAUUCAAACGUCAAGUGUUUAGUGAAAAAUUUAGCCAGUUUCAUAUUUUGGUGACUAAAACAGAAGAAUUGAAGCGCACCACCAGGCGGUUUACUGUUUUCCAUACAUUUAUUGAACCAUGGAAACUCCAGAAGUGCAUAUUGAUGUUAGUGGGAACAUGGAAACACCUCCGCAGGAUACAAAAUCCGGAUUCAAUUUGGCAUCGUUUUCCAAUUUUUCCACACGUAUUCCAAGCCUGUGGGAGCUGCUUCGCUUAAGCCGGCAAAACAUACGGCCAUGGUCGGAAUUCCUACAGACUUCCAACUUCAAGACGGUUGCUAAUGUUUCUCGGCUUACGAAUCGCAUCAUCCGGAAUCUGGCCUAUUUCCAAAGCAAUUAUCUGUUUGUUUUUCUCGGAUUGAUUGUCUACUGUUUGUUAACCUCGCCACUAAUAUUGAUCGUGCUUGGCGCGGCGUUCUACGCUUGCUAUAAAAUCAAGCAGAACAGCACUCCCGUGGCUUUUUUCAGCAAACAACUGAACACAAGUCAACAGUGCGUUGCAGUGGGUGUUGCAUCGGUUCCACUGCUGUACCUGGCAGGAGCAGGAGCAGUAAUGUUCUGGGUGCUGGGUGCCUCAUUUUUUGUGAUAUCACUACACGCGGCCUUCUACAAUAUUGACGCUAUCGUUACCGAAGAUAUGGAAUCCUUCCUUUCCGAAACAGUAUGAAACUGCGAGCUGGUGUAUCGAACGAAAAGAAUCUGCUCUAAAGCCAAUUGUUGACUAUCUAUCAGCCUUUAUAUUUAUUUUUUCUCGAUUUGAAAAAUCACAUUACACUAACAAGAUGUACGCAAACGAAAUCAAAGAGCCCGUCAAUAUGAAAGCAAUGGGCCAAUAAGCAAUUUUUACUGACGAAUGAAAUACGUUUCAAAAUUUAAUAUGAAUUUUUUAACGCUAAUAAAGAAUCGAACCUCGAUACAUCUUUGUAGAUUUAACUAUCUUCAAUACUUAUUCGCAAAUUAACUAAGCGGGUGUUGUAUUAGUUAAAUAACAGCAUUUAUUUGAAUAAUAUAUUUGAAAUAUUUACCCACUGA